GGUCCCGGGGUGGCGGCGGGGUGGCCGCGGUGGCCGUGGGGUGGCGGCGGGGUCCGCGGGGUGGCCGCGGUGGCCACGGGGUGGCCGUGCCGCGGUGUGAGCGGGGCUGUCGCAGCGCUGAAGGACGAGCGGUUCCAGCUGGCCGAGUUCACGCAGCGGCAGCUCCGCAUCCAGCUCGCCCGCGCCCGCCUGGACGACGAGGGCGGCUACUUCUGCCAGCUCUACACCGAGGACACCCACCACCAGAUCGCCACCCUCACCGUGCUCGUGCCCCCCGACACGCCGGUGGUGGAGGUGACGGAGCCGGCGGUGGAGGGCGGCGAGGUGGAGCUGAGCUGCGUCGUGCCCCGCUCCCGGCCCCCCGCCACCCUGCGCUGGUACCGCGACCGGAGGGAGCUCAAAGGUGGGGGGACACGGGGGGGACACGGGGACCUC